AAGCGCAAGCUGUCCAGGAAAACCGACACCUUCUUUUAGAUCUCUUCACAGUUUCCACUAGCAUCGAUCCUGCCUCUUGUUUCUUCUUGCCUUUGCUUUCAUAUCUACCUGCUUUCUCGUGCUUUGAGUCAUGAAACUCCUAAGCAUGAGUUUUGCAGAGUUUCUAUCAUGCCACUUGCUUCUUGGUAUUGCUGUUGCACUGUGCUUUAACCAAGUCUCCUCCACAACCAAUGAAACAGACGGACUCGCGCUGCUCGCAUUUAAGGUCAGCAUAGCAGUAGAUUCUUUUGGUGUACUCAACUCAUGGAACAAUAGCAUCGGGUUUUGCCAGUGGCAUGGCAUUACGUGCGGCCGCAGGCACCGGAGGGUCAUGGUCUUGGACUUGGGAUCACAAGGACUCUCCGGAUCUAUCUCUCCUCAUAUCGGAAACCUCAGCUUCUUAAGGGAGAUGUUGCUACAAAACAAUAGCUUCAAUCAACAAAUCCCUCCACAACUCGGCCUGUUGCGCCACCUGCGUAUCCUACGAUUGGACAACAAUUCAUUAGUUGGCGAAAUUCCCAAAAACAUGUCGGGUUGCUCAGACCUUGUCACCCUCAGUCUUGGGUACAAUGAACUAACUGGAGAAAUUCCUAGAGAGCUCGUUUCAAUGCCAAAGCUACAGAGUUUCGAAUUGCCUUGGAACAAUCUAAUAGGGAAUGUGCCUUCCUCCAUUGUCAACUUAUCCUCAUUGGAGAUCCUCUAUUUAACCGGAAACAACUUGGGUGGGAGCAUUCCCCAAGUUCUAGGCCACCUGAAAAACUUGCAAGUCCUUGCUAUUGGAGGAAACAGAUUGUCAGGUACAAUUCCACCUUCCUUACUCAAUCUCUCUUCACUCGUUGUGUUUGACGCUGGAAACAACCGGAUACAGGGGACUCUACCUGUAGACAUAGGCCUCAAACUCUCAGAUCUUGAAUUUUUCAGCGUUUGGGAGAACCAACUUGAGGGGCCGAUUCCUCUAUCGAUGUCGAAUUGCACAAAGUUAGGCUCGCUUCAACUUAGUGUUAACAGAUUUUCCGGAAGAGUACCUUCUUUGGAAAAUCUGUAUAAACUUAGUAAAUUUCUAUUCAGGAGUAAUCAGCUUGGAAGUGGAAAACUUGAAGACCUGAGCUUUCUUUGCUCGUUAACUAACAGCACCAAGUUGAAGGAGGUGGAUGGUGGGAGGAACAAGUUUGGCGGGGUGUUACCCAAAUGCAUAGGUAAUUUAUCCACCAAUCUCACAAUAUUUCAUUUAAGCGAGAAUCAAGUAUCUGGCGAGAUUCCAGAAGAAAUCGAGAAUUUUAUCAACCUGAGAGUUUUGGGUAUGCGUUCCAAUCAGCUUUCAGGUUUUAUCCCCUCAAAUUUGGGGGCCCUACAAGAUGUAGGGAUACUGGAGUUAAGUGAUAACAACCUGGGAGGGAGUAUCCCAUCUUCUUUGGGAAAUCUAACCAAGUUACUUCUCCUUUAUCUUGGGGGGAACAACUUUCAGGGGCCAAUUCCUUCAGAUCUGUCAAAUUGUCGGUCUCUUGAACUGCUUGAUUUGUCUAAUAACAAUCUGAGCGGUGCCAUACCCCCACAAGUUGUAGGUCUCUCAUCAUUAGCGAUAACUCUAGAUUUGUCUCAUAAUUAUCUGACUGGGGUUCUACCCACAGAUGUUGGCAACUUGAGAGCUUUGACUGCUUUGGAUAUCUCUGACAAUUUGUUAGUAGGUGAAAUCCCCAGUAGUUUAGGUUAUUGCACUGAAUUGACAUCACUCAGGAUGGGGGGCAACUUCUUCCACGGGUCCAUUCCUCAAUCAAUCAUAUCGUUAGGAGGCAUUGAAGAACUAGAUCUUUCACGCAAUAAUUUGUUAGGUCAGAUUCCAGAAUUUUUAGCAGCAUUUCGCUUCUUGAAACUUCUGAAUUUAUCAUACAAUAAGUUUGGAGGCAUGCUGCCACAUGAAGGAGUCUUUAAGAACAUUACUGGUACUUCCAUUAUUGGGAACGGUGAGCUUUGCGGUGGACUGCCAGAAUUUCAUCUCCCCAACUGCAUAUCCAAAAGCUCCAAGGGCAAAAAGAUAAAUAUAGUAAUAUUGUAUGCUUCUAUUAUUUUUGGAGUUCUUGGAGUAGCUCUUAUUCUGGCUUUUAUAUAUCUCUGUCGAUUUAAGAAGAAAGUAAAUGAACCAGCUUCAAGUUUGAUAAAUGAUUCACAUCCAAACAUGUCCUAUGGAGCACUCCUAAAAGCAACAAAUGGUUUUUCUUCAACGAAUUUGAUUGGUGUUGGAAGCUUUGGUUCUGUUUAUAGGGGGAUACUUGAGGACAAUGGAACUGUUGUUGCCGUGAAGGUGCUUCAUUUAGUCCGUUAUGGUGCUCGGACGAGCUUCAUGGUGGAGUGCGAAGCAUUAAAGAACAUCAAACAUCGAAAUCUCUUGAAGAUACUGACAGUUUGCUCGGGUAGUGAUUAUCAAGGAAAUGAUUUUAAGGCCUUAGUCUAUCAAUUCAUGGACAAUGGAAGCCUAGAAAGAUGGCUACAACCAAACCCAACAUUUGAUGGAAAUGAGCUCCCGAAAAAGUUGAAUUUCAUUCGGAGGAUAAAUAUAGCUAUUGAUGUUGCUUCUGCAUUGGAUUAUCUUCAUCAUCAGUGCCACAUACCCAUUGUUCAUUGUGACCUAAAACCAAGUAAUAUCCUCUUAGACACGGAGAUGGUCGCACAUGUUGGCAACUUUGGAUUGGCAAAAUUCCUUCUUGGAUCAUCCCUUGAUACUAUAGUUAAUAAGAUGAGUUCAGUGGGUCUUAGAGGGACGAUUGGUUAUGCUCCUCCAGAAUAUGCACAAGGAUGCAAGGUUUCAAGAGAAGGGGACAUCUAUAGUUACGGCAUUCUCUUAUUGGAGAUGUUCACAGCAUUGAGUCCCACUGAUGACACAUUCAAAGAUAAUUUGACUCUUCAUAGUUUCGUCGAAAAGGCUUUGCCUGGACGAGUACUCGAAAUUACAGACAACGUUCUCCUUCAAGAAAGAGAGAGACAAUUAGGCCCCUGUAGUCCCCGGCAUUGGUUUUUCGAAAGUGAUGGCAUAUUUCAAGAGUGUUUGGUUAUGGCGUACAAUAUUGGAGUUGCUUGUUCGUAUAGUGCGCCUGGAAGACGGAUGAACAUCAGCGGGAUUGCAAAUCAGCUGCAACAGAUUAGGGAGAAACUGUUUGCAUUGGGUUUACAUGGAGAAGAUGAACUACCAACAGCUUAUUUUUAGCUGUUAUGCCUUUGGGAUUGUUUGAGCAAACGGAAGCGGACAGGUAAAAUCUACAACUGACGAGGAUCGAUCAUUCUUUUUUCCUCAAAAUGAUAGUUGACCAUGAUUCUCGAUCUGUAUCUAUACAUAAUUAAACUAGCACAUGGCCUUUGGUGAGCACACAUUCUCGAGUACUGUUGCUUUACUUAGAAUUCUGUUUGGUUCCAUAGUAUUUUAAAUUGACUCCAACAUAAAUUGCCUUGCU